AUGUAUACCCACACUCUGCCCACCACGGGCGCCAUCUCCUUUUCCGACUUCCUCAUCACCUCGGAUCUCGUCUCUCAGGUAUCGCAGGCGACCGAGCUGCGAUCUGGGCUGCGAGCUGUGCUCAAGGAAUGCCGCGCCGGCGAUAACCAGAGCGACGACGGAUGCGUCGACUGGCUGCGGAUCGUCAAGGCCGUCGAAGACUACCUGCCCCAUCUCUUUGCCAUCUUCAACUGCAUCCAGACCGACGACCUCAUACUGCGUUACGAGCCCCAAUUCUCUUGGCGUACCACACUGUCCUCGACUCUCUUCCGCAGCCCUCCUCGCAUCGCCUUGCCCGGCAUCUAUUACGAGAUGUGCUCGACAUUGCUCCUACAUGGCGUCGCGCUGUGCAACUUUGCCGCCUCGGCCACAGCGUCGCUCGGGCAGUACGAGCGCGAUCGACGCCUCUCGGACGCCGAGCGCAAGGUCAAGGACGACAAGCUGCGGUGGGCUGCCGAUACUCUCUGCCGCGCCUGCGGCAUCUUUGAGCACCUCUCACAGAACCUGAUCCCCCAAUGGGAGGCGCAGGUAGGCAGGAUUGACGGUCGACCGCCGGACAUGACAAGAGAGGUGACGCUGGCGCUCUCAAAGCUUGCACUUGCCGAGGCCCAGACCCUCGCGAUCCGCAAGCUCCUCUCGCCCUCACUCUCGCUCGCAGUAGACACCACCACGCCCGGUCCGCCGUUGCCAAAGUCGCAUCCCUCUGCGUCGCUGCUGGCAAAGCUGCACCUGUUUGUCGCCUCCCACUUCGAGAGCGCGCGCUCCCUCGCCGGCAUCGCAGGGAAAAAGACGGCGACCAGCUCCAGAUCGAGCGACUUUGGCUCGUACCACCGAACGCCGAUGUCGUCGAGCAAGGACACCGUCGACGGUCGAGAUGCUACAACGCGCGAGGGCAAGAAGGCCGUGUUCGGCAAGCUGCGAUCGCUCGCCUCGCGGGACACCUCCGCCUCGUCGUCAUCGAGAAGUGCGGCUGCGGCCAGUCUGGGAGCGGACGCCGCGACCGACGCUGACCUCGAGGUGGGCGCGCCGCUGCUGCGUUACAUCGCCAGCUGCGCUGACCUUCACCGCGCGCUGGCAUACAAAUGGCUCGGCGUCGACGCCGGCGAGGCGGGCGGACGCAUUGGCGAGGCCAUCGCCUUCCUGCGCAUGGCCAGAGACGGGCUCGAAGGUGGCAGCUCCGGCAGGCUGACGGCGGCGCUGCGAGAACGGUCCAGCAAGGAGGCGCGCGACGAACUUCGCACAGUGCGCGAGGAAGAGCUUCGCACCGUCGAGCACUGGCUGCGGAGCUACGGCAAGCUCAACGAUACCGUCUCGUUCCAGCCGAUCCCAAAGGCCUCCGAGCUGCAGACGAGGAUCCCCGCCGGCAGGGCCGCCCUCGAUCCAAGGCCGUACCGCCAUCCGGUGCCUGCGUUUGGCCCGGGCUCGCCGGGAUUCCAGUCCGAAGGGAUGAAACGGGCCGUGAUGGUCGGUGGUGGGACCGGGCCACCCGAUGUCGGUGUGCCGCCAGUAGUACUGGAAAGGCCAGGGCCUCAGGUCGGGCCGCCAACGGUGCCAAUCACGGCGGCACGAGGCGAAGCACCAGAGACGGAUGGCAUCGACGGCGCCUGCGACGACCCAAGCCAGCUAGCCUUUGGAGGCCUCUCGAUCGGCAAGGCAAGGGAUGAAGCGGAGCAGUAUGCAGGUGCCGGAGCCUACUAUUGA